UAUAAAAAAUGUAUAUUUAAUUUCAUUCAUAAUAUUUUAUUAACCAGUGACACUUACAUUUCUGCCUCUCAAACCCCUUCACUACUGGUUUGCAAAGCCUGUUGCAAAUCUCUCUCAAACACACAUAUAUAUAUGUAUGUAUAUGUAUAUGUAUGUGGUGUGGGAGGGAAGUCUAUAUGUAUGUACAAGUAUAUGUAUACAUGUAUGUUUCUUAUUUACAGAGGAGGGUUGUAUUUGUAGAGAAAGGGGGGGGAAUACUGUUGCUGUUACAAACUACUAGUAUCAGUGUGAGUGAGUGAGUGAGCUCUUCUCUUCCAUUCCAUUCCCUUCCUUUCCCUGUCUCUCACUCUUGCAGAGAUAAUGUUCUGCCCUAGAUUAGAUACUACUAGUACCCCCCCUCCUGAAUCAUCAUCAUCAUAUCAUAUGUUUGCAUUAAUUACUUGUUUCUAAAUGUAAAAAGCUCAAAACCAAUGCACAACUUGCCCCACUCCUCUCUUCUUCCCCAUCUUCCUCUCUCUAUAUAUUCAUUUUCACACUGCUCCCUCUCUCUCCUUCAUUCUCAUUUUACAUAUACAUAUACAUAUACUGUCCCUUUCUCUCUUUAGGGUUUCCAUUUGGUAAGUGAGAAAGAGAUGUUGGGGUCAUUUGGUUCUUCUUCCCGUGAGGAAGAAGACCACCCAACUCCAACUCCAACUCCAUCAGAUGCGCACUUAUUCCCCCAGCACCAGCAGAUUCCACCACAGGGCUUCACCUCCCCAGCAAUACACAUGCGCCAAUUACUCAUAAGCUGCGCCGAGCUAAUCUCAGGGUCAGAUCUCGCCGCCGCUCACCGCCUCAUCACCAUUUUAUCAGCCAACUCUUCCCCUUUCGGUGAUUCCACUGAACGAUUAGUCCACCAAUUCACCAAAUCACUCUCCCUCCGCCUCAGUCGCUACACCGCCACGGCCACUACAGCAGCUAGAGCUAGUAGCAGUGCUGUUAAUGUACCCGAUUCGGAGUCCGACGAAGCGGUUGUUCAGUCCUCAUAUUUAACUCUCAACCAAGUAACUCCAUUUAUCAGAUUCAGUCAUUUAACUGCAAAUCAAGCGAUUUUAGAAGCCAUUGAUGGACAAGCAGCAAUACACAUUCUUGAUUUCGAUAUAAUGCACGGAGUUCAGUGGCCUCCGUUGAUGCAAGCGAUCGCAGAGCGAUUCCCUCUGCCAUCGCUUCGAAUCACCGGAACCGGACAGGAUUUGGAAAUGCUUCGGAGAACCGGAGACCGCCUCUCGAAAUUCGCUCACUCCCUCGGCCUCCGGUUCCAAUUCCACCCUCUCCUCCUCUUCAACACCGACGACCCCACCUCCGUCGCCGCCGCAGUCCUCCUCCUCCCCGACGAAACCCUAGCAGUGAACUGCGUCCUCUAUCUCCACCGCCUCCUCAAGGACCGCGACAAGCUUCGCCUCUUUCUCCAGCGAAUCAAAGCCAUGAAUCCCCGAGUCGUGACGGUCGCGGAAAAAGAAGCCAAUCACAACCACCCGCUCUUCAUGAACCGCUUCAUCGAGGCGGUGGACCACUACACCGCCCUGUUCGAUUCUCUGGAGGCGACCCUGCCGCCCAACAGCCGCGAGAGGCUGGUGGUGGAGCGGGUUUGGUUCGGGAGAGAAAUCGAGGAUAUCGUAGCGGCCGAGGGAGAUCGCCGGAGACAGCGACACGAGAGGUUUCGAUCUUGGGAAGUGAUGUUGAGAAGCUCAGGGUUUAACAAUGUCCCACUUAGCCCUUUCGCUCUCUCGCAAGCCAAGCUUCUAUUGAGGCUCCAUUAUCCUUCAGAGGGUUACCAACUUCACACUCUCAAUGAUUCUUUCUUCUUAGGUUGGCAGAAUCAACUUCUUUUCUCAGUUUCUUCAUGGCGCUAGCUAAUAAUGUAUAAUCUUUCUUUACAUAUAUCUAUAACUAUAUCUAUAUCUAAUAAUAAGUCCAAUCUUUGCUCUCAUAUCUAAAAAACCCUAACCCUAAUUUUGCAUGUACAUUGUGAAUCAGCACGUUGCAAUUGCAUGCACCUCAAACUAGCCUCUCUCCCAACCCAAACCCAACACCAUCUUGGCUUCUUCCAUCGACCUACACACAGUCAGGUUUUUCUUGGGGAGUUGAAUGUGAAUGAAUGCUUUAUUUUUAUACUGCUAGUUGGGUUACUAAUAUAUAUAGAUUUAGAU